AUGCCUAGAACUAUAAGGGAGAGGUAUUCGGCACCAGCACCAUCUACUAAAGAGAUAUCACACUAUGAAAUAGCUCCAAUGAUUUAUCAUUUAAGAUCAUGGUGUUCAUCUAAAAUGGCAAGAACUGGAUACAAACUUAUGGUACAUCCAUCAUGGCUAAAGCAAUUCAAAAGUUCUAUUUACUUCGUGGAUAGUCCAUCACCUUUAUCAGACACGAGUGGCAAUAAGAAAUUAGGUACAGGGGAAGAUCCAUUGUUAUUUAAAAGGUACUCACGAAAACGAGCCAAGCUCAACCUUUUUUCAAUCACAACACCUACCAAUGAUCAAAUUGCGAGAGGUGAGGAAGUCUUCCCUAGUUCUGAUGCUUACUAUUUCAGAGUGGAUAAUGAUCAGGUGAAUUUAGAAACCUCUAUAAUGAAACUUUUAGAGGACAUUUCCAAGAGUGAAAAAUCCAACAAUGUCAAAUCUCUUGGUGAUUACAAUUUUGUUUCUGACCGUUCUCAACCAUAUUUCCCAGACGGAUACGAUAGCUUUAUAAAGACUCAAGUUUGCUUUUUGAUGCAUGCUAGUAAAUGUUGUCCCAAAAGAAUCUUAGAAAUCAUGUUGAACAUCAUAAGGUUUGGUGGUACAUUGGAUGAGCUUGAUGUAAGAUUUGUGGAGUUUAGAAAUCAAACACACUCAGUUUCUGUUCUUUGUGGUACAGAAUGUGAUGAUGAUCGUGCUAGUCUGGUUCUGGGUGAGUAUUUCAAAUCAUGGAGGCAGGAUGUUUCCAUUAAUGUUACAAGACACGAACCAGAAGAUGUAUUCUUUAUCCCAGGUAAAACAACUUAUCAUUUGGAAGAGAAAGAGGUGCACCCACCACCACCUGCGUAUGAUUGA